AUGAAAGCAGACUACAAGAAAAAAAACGAAUGCAGUCAUCAUGAACAAAUACGAACCUUAGCAGUGAGGUCGAUGUCUUCACAGGGGAGGAGAAGGUUAUGGUGGCGAGCAGUGGACGACUCGCUUGAUGAGGCAACGACCGACAGAAUUAGGGCUCGUCGGUUGUGGCAGUAUCGAAAUCGAAUAACAGUUACAGACUCGUCGGGGUCUUCUGUCGUGGAGACGGACUCGCCGGCGUCAGAUGUGACCGGAAUCGGACUCGUCGGCAUCGCUAUGGCCGGAAUCGAAGAAACAAUCGGGUGA